GCUACCUAGGUCCGCUGCCGCUACCACUCGCGCUAGCUAACCUAUAUUUAUAAGCCCUCCUCCUACUGAUCCAUGCAGGGGCAGCACUGCGCUCAUUCUCAUUCUCAUACUCCAACUCCAACUCAUACUCAGCAAAAGUGAAUCUCCAAUACCAACUCCUCUAUACAUUCGUUUCGGAGACAGCCCACAGCCCCAGCCCACAACCCACAGCCUACAAAUACAACCUUGCCGGAUACCCUGAACUUCUCUGUACAAGCAAACCCGACACAGACAUCAUUUGCGAUAUCAAUCACGCUCGCUCACAGACCUCUCAGACAUCUACAUCUACUACACCACGAGAGACCGACAAUCAAUCAAGAUGGAGCAACGACACGGCCACCAUCAACAUCGCCGUCACCCUACGCCUACUAGUCCUAGGGCAUACGCUCAUUCUCACCGAAGCAGCCUUCCUCCUUCAAAUCCAGCACAUGGUCGACCUGUACGAUCGCGCGGAAUGAUGAAUGUCAAUGAGAUGCUCAAUACUAAUGCUAAUAGUGGCAGUACUGCUGAGAGCUCUCUUCUUGAACGACUGCAAUUUCAACAACAACAACAACAACAGCAGCAACAACAACAACAGCAGCAACAACAACAACAGCAGCAACAACAGCAGCAACAACAGCAGCAGCAACAACAACAACAGCAACAACAACAGCAUCAACAACAACAACUUGCUCCCCAGGCUCAUGGCUACGGCCAAAUGAACUUGCCUGUCUUCAACCAUCAUGCUUAUGGCCAUCCAUUCAUGCGGCAGCCAUUCCACCAGCAAACUCAACCUUCUUCUCCCCAACCUUAUCCCCAGCCUCGCCUUCAAAACCGUCAGAGUUCGAGUUUGGCUUCCCAGCAACCCCAUACUCAACCUUCCCACGCCGGACAACCACCCAUACAGCCAAGAUUAUUCAACGAUCCCAAUAGGUACGAGAACGAGGUCGAUUUUAUGUCUUCUCGAGACCACCCAAGACAACUCUCCGAACUUGACGGGAGUGCUCCUCCAUUUCAUCCUGCCUAUGACAGAGCAGCAUAUGAUAACAACUUGCAACAACACACCAUUCAUAAUCAAGCUCUUUCUGAUGGCCACUUCCAAUGUAAGUCAUCUCAUAGUUGUCAAGUGCAUGUUUACCAAAAUUGAGUCAAAAUGAGAACUACACUUCCCGAAAUAUCCUCGCCUUUAUCUAUCCGCCUAUACAUAUUCCAGCACUACCUCCUACUCAAAUUAUUCUACUAAGUGUGUAAUAUACAGAUGGGCUCCUUCACAGAGAUCUUCCAGAAUCUUUUUGGUUACCCGAUCACCCUCGACAGUUACCCCGGCCUUUUUUGACGAACCCUCCAGCAAUGACUUCGGCAGAGCCAUCUCCAACUUGCGUUAUCUGCUUUGAGGAAAAGGAAGCAAGUGAAUUUCCAUACAAAUGUCCCAAAAACUGCCCGGAACAACAAACUUGUAACUCGUGUCUCAAGGACUGGUUCAUAGAAGCUUGCAGGAACGAAUCGAGAAUGCCGCCCAAAUGCUGCUCGGCUGAGCCCAUUCCAUUUUCCACGGUCUUGCACCUUCUGAGCUCUGAACAGGUACGUUUCUAUGAAGAAAUCUCCACAAAAACUCAUGUUUUAUUGAUUUGCACACAAGCAUGACAAGGAGAUGUUCAUGAUGAUCAGUCGUCAUAUCGAGGCUAACUUGGUUUAGAUUAAACUUUACAAAUCUAAAUACGAGGAAUGGAGUACCCCAAAUCGCAUCUACUGCCCUGUACCAACAUGUUCGGCCUUCGUUCCGCCCAAAUUAUAUGCCAUACCAGAAAAGCCUCUUUAUGUACUAGAUCCCGAAUUUAACCCAAGUCAACCGCCUCAACCAGGGUUAGCACCAACACAAAGACCCAAUGUCGAAUGCCCAGCCUGUUACACCUCUAUUUGCACCAAAUGUCGAUCAUUUUCUCAUCGUGGAGAAUGCAAGGAAAGCGAUAUCGACCCUUUACUAGAGAAAAAGUUGAAGAAAUGGAAGAUCAAACGCUGCCCCAAAUGUCGGGCUGGAGUGCGCAAGGUUUUCGGUUGUUCACACGUCCAAUGUCGAUGCGGUGCUCAUUUUUGUUUUCAGUGCCUCAAAGCACUGAAUCAGUGCUUUGGUUGCGAGGACGACGAUCAAACGGAGGAUGAAGAGGGCUCCAGACCACCUCAGCGAGUUUUGGUAGAUGAGGAUGAUUUAGACGGUCGUACACAGUUCUUUGAAGGAGACGGUCAUAACUUUGGAAAUGAGCCACAUGGGGGUAUGUUCCUUGACGCGUGGGCUUGUCAGCAUCGUUGGGCUCAAUGGGGCCAUGUACUGUCAAGACCACAGCAUACGGGAACGUUGCAAGGACCGGAGUGUCAGACGUGCUUUCUGCCAACUUCGUAUCUACAAGAUGUGCUUAGUCACAUUGACCCCGAUAACCUCAGACAUCGUCAAACGGCAUGGGAAUGUAUUCGCUGUCAUGUUAUUAAAUGCGGGGCUUGUAUCGUUCACAAUUCGGGGACCUAAAUUAUCUCUUUAUGAUCACCACAAAAGUGAGAGUGAUGAUUCUGAAAUGACAAGGCGUUGGGAGUUAGGGCGUCACUAAGCGAAGGGGUCGGCUUUUUCGAGCUAGUUCACGGAUACCCAUCAUCAGGAGACAGCAUGGCGUUUGUGUCCUUUUUUUAUUUUUACGAGAAUGACUUUCCCUUUUUUAUUUUUUCCUUUUCUUCAUGAUAAGCAUGUACAUUAUCAGCGG